UUUUUUUGCACACACUCGACAGGCGUCCUGCAAGCCGAGUCGUUUCUCCGGCCGCCGGUUCCAGCCCUCCAACCUGCAAGCCCGGGCGCUCCGUCGAGGAAGAUGCCGGUGUCCUGGGACAGCUUCCCUUCGUUGCCUCCCAUUCCGGAGCAGAGGGAGAACCCGGCGGCGCCUGCCUUUGCCUGGGAGAAGAGCGCCUACAAACAAGAAGCGGCUAGUCGCACCGCCAGGCUGGAGAACUCCGAUUGCGAGUCCCUGGACAGCAGUUUGAGCUCCGAAGGAGAUGCCCCGGAAUAUCUGGAUGAAGUGUCCUUGCCAGACUUCGAUUUGCUAAACGAUCCUGAGGAUGAGCUCUUGUGCGCCAAUCUCAUGAAGCUCAUCCAGGUCACUCUGAACAAAGCCAAGCUCUACUCCAACCGCCCCUCCCGCCUCGUCAUGCCCAAUGAGCUGGUCGCCCAAGUGAGCAAGGAGCUGCUCCACCUGGCUUACCGAGAGCCCUGUGGCUUGAGGGGAGCCCUCAUCAAUCUCUGUGUGGAACAAGGAAAGGCGUGCCACAGCGUGGAGCAGAUUGCUGUGGAUCCAAACCUGGUGCCUACUUUCCAGCUGACUCUUGUUCUGAGACUGGAUUCCCGCCUGUGGCCUAAAAUCCAGGGACUGUUUAGCUCCGGGUCUGCUUUCUCUCCAGGCUUCAGUCAGUCCCUGAAGCUUAGCACAGGCUUUAGGGUCAUCAAAAAGAAGUUGUAUAGCUCUGAACAAUUGCUCAUAGAGGAAUGUUAAAAAUAUCCUCUUAGGUUGGACCAACUGAGCAUUUACUCUUUAAGUUGGGGCCAUUCCCAGCCCAAACUGGGGAGGUAUGUUACCUAAAGGGCUAUGGAGCAUAAGCUGAUUUUUCAAGAAGUGGUUGUCCCUCUAGAACCACAGUAGGUUAGAUUAGAUGGAAAUUUGUUUUACAGCAAUAGUGGGAGAUAGUCUGAAGAGAAGGCAGAAGGCAACAUUUGACUGUAAGAACAGCACUCUGCUACUUAACUCUGACCAGCAACAAAGCUCACUCCUGUGUAGGCCUGGAUACACUAUGCUAGCUUUAAAGUCCUUGUCUGCCAAUGGGAUGACUUUCUCUUACUGAUUUAGCAGUAUUUUUUUUCCUGACAGCUGAUACCUUUACAGCAGCAGGGCUGCCGCUAAAGAUAGAUGAAGGUUGCCUUUUUUUUUCCCUGUUAAGCUUUUAAAAAACAACAAAUGGGAAGAAAAAAAAAGUAGAUAGUAAUCAAUGGAUGUCUGGUGAAAAUUUGGUGUGUGUUAAUAAGUGUUAAGGUCUAAAGGACCAAGCAUGUGUAACAUUAAUAGAGAUGAAUGUGAAGACGUUCCACUACUGACACUUGGGCAGCUAAAAGAAGGCAGCUAAAUAUAGACUUCUGGCUGAAUGUGGGGGGGGGGGGAUUUAAUCCACUGAGCACCGCUGCGCAACUCCAUUUUUUUGUGAAUGAGACCAGUGGGAGGAACAGGGCAGUAGGUGAACUGAGCCCUGUCCAUGCUUAGAAAUCCUGGGGAUGUAUAAGGGAAGUGUAAGGUGAUGCUAAGAAGUUUGCGAUGGGGGCAGGACCCCUCGCGGUCAGUCUCUGGUGCUUCCGUUGAUUACCGUUUCACGUGAAAUACACUUGAUGUUCAAGUUUUUGAAGAAUUUCUAUGCAACUUGGUUUUUUUACUUUCCUGAUAAAAACAUUUUG